AUGCUAAACUUUCUGAAAUUAACUUUACACAGAUUUCGUUAUCCAGCAGACACACCAUACUCAGUAGAAAAUGUGAUAACUGCAGCGCAACCAAUAUCACUAGUAAUUGAUACAUUAUACGAAAAUGUAUAUUGGACAGAAUUAUACACAGGAAAGAUUUGCAAAUGCAAUUUUAAGGGGCUUAAUAAAGCAUGUAUACUGCAAGAUGACAACAUAUAUGCUAUAACACUAGAUCAGCGGAACAGAUGGCUGUAUUACAGUACAUUUGGAACGACAAGAAAAAUAAGAAGAGUACGAUUAAAUGGUUCCGAAAAACAUACAGUUAUAGAUUCAGUCGAAGUAACUGGUUUAAGUAUAGAUACCAAUCGAUGGCGACUUUACUAUAUGAUACACGACAAAGGCCAACUAAAAUCGUCAUCUCUAAAUGGAACCAAUAUCAUUGAUGUGUUUAGUACGAAUAAAACACAAACAAGCAUAGGUAUAUAUGUAUAUGAUAUCAACAUAUACUGUACCAAUGGUACCCAGCUAUUGAAGGUCAUAUCAUUCCAAGCAGCAGCAUCAUAUGUUAUACACACAGAUACUGCAAAAACUCAAGGUGUUCUUUUGUAUGACGAAAUGGAAUCAUAA